AUGUCUAUCAUAAACGUUGGAGCAACUCCAGGAACAUUUUUGGCAUUUUUGACAUUAGCUGCAAUUGUAGUUGCAGUUUUAUCCACUACUUUUAUAAAAGCAAUUUUUUUUGUUAAAAUAACACCAAGCGAUCCUACCGACACUAGAUUUCUAACACUUGGACUAUGGGGUACUUGCGUUCAAAAUACUGGUCCUUUAGAAUGCGAAAGUCCAAAAUUUGGCUACACGUUUGAUCGUUCAAGAUUGAAUAUAGUAGUUCCGGAUGGUGUUGUUAUUCCAACUGUUGGUAGCGCUUUAGGUUAUUUAGCUAUAGUUCAUAUAUUUGCAAUAUUUUCAUUACUUGUCACAUUAUUACUUGGUAUAAUAGCUCAUAUACGUGCUGCAAAGCUUUUAUUAGGUAUUGCAUCGCAAAUAUCAAUUUUAUCAACCGGGAUAUUAUUAUUUUCCUUCAUUGUUGACUUUAUAAUGUUUAAUAAUGGCGUGAUGACUAUAAUUAAUACGAUUAAUGUGAAUAGUCAAUCGGCUAAUUCUUAUAAAGCAACCUUUGGUAUCGCUUAUUGGUUGGUAUUGAUAAGUUUAAUUAUAUCAGUUAUAGCUGCAAUAGCCUUUUUCCUUGGUAGAAAAUAUAUAAUUAGGAAAAAUUUUUCCAUUGAAGAUGAUGAGUCUUCGGAUGAUAUUACUAAUACUACAAUGGUAUCAGAUCCAGCAGACAGAUAUGAUCCAUUUAAAAAAACAACACAGCAACAACCUUUUUAUACAACUAAUAAUAUGGUUGUUAAUAAUGAUUAUGAUUAUGACAAUGAUAAUCGCAUAGUAAAUAAUUAUCCAGUUGAUGAUGAAAAUUUUGCAUAUGACAAUCUUCAAAAACCCUAUCCACCAAAUUAUUUACAAAAGCCGCAGCAACCAAUAAAUCCAGAGACUAUUGAAUAUUCUCAGCAAAAUAAUACUAAUAAGCACACUUCUGAUACUUAUUCACUGGAUGAAUUUUAUACUGCGCCCAGUAAUCUACAACCACAUUUCCAAAAUUCUCCUCACCCACCACCAAUGCAUAAUAAUAAUGGCUUCAAUAAUCCACCUCAUUCAACACAAAGUUCUACUUCCAACAUCUUUUAUCAUUCGCCUUCAUCACCUUCAUCACCACAUCCACCAAUAAAUCAAAAUGCACAAUUACAACAGUUACCACCACCGCAGCUACCUUUACAUUCAAAACCUACCCCCACACCUUCUCCUGCGCCAAAUACAACACAAUUCUUACAACCAGAUUCUUCACCAUUGUACCAGAAAAAACCGCCUGGUCAUUCACAUACCCCACUACAACCAUCAAAUCAACUUCCAUUCGGAGCUGUUACUUCCGCCCCAUACAAUUCUUCUACGUCUCCAAGACCUGGCUAUACUACACCACCACAACCAUCAAGUAAACUUCCAUUCGGAGCUACUUCCUCCUCAUACAAUCCUUCUCCUAUACCUCCAAAAACUGGAUAUUAUCCUCCACAACCAUCGAAUCAGCUUCCAUUCGGAGCUGCUUCUUCCUCAUUCAAUUCUUCUUUACCAAGACCUCAACAACAACCAUUUAAUUCAGGUAAUACUCCUUACAAUUAUCAACAACAAAAUCAGCCAAAUUUAGGAAUGAGACAACAGCAACAAAGGCAGCAAGAUUUAAGAAUUAAACAACAAAGAUUACCGCCACAACAGCAACAACAGCGACCAGUACUAAUGAAGCAGCAGCAACAUCAGCAAAGAACAAGAGUAAUUCCAAAUCAACAGCCGACAAACAGAAAAAACAAUCCACAACAAAGACAAAAUAAAGGUGAAGCUGGUGUUGACCAACAGCAAGAAGGUGUUGACCAACAGCAAGAAGGAGUUGACCAACAGCAAGAAGGAGUUGACCAACAGCAAGAAGGUGAUGACCAACAGCAACAAGAAGGUGACCAGGAAGUGGAAGAUCAAACAGAAGAUCAAGCUGCUCAAGAUAUACAAGAUUCAUAUUAUGAUCCCAAUCAAGGUGGUGAUCAUUAUGGACAAACUGAUUAUAGUGGUGGAGAUGAUGUAUCACAACAGUAUUAUGAUGAUUCUUCACAAUAUCAACAAGAAGAUCAAUUCGCACAACAAGAUAAUAAUGAUUAUUAUCAACAACCACAAAAUGAUUAUUAUUAUCAACAGCAAACACAGGAUGAUUAUAAUCAACCACAAGACCCAUAUCAGCCACAAGAUAACUCAUAUCAACAGCCACAAGAUAACUCGUAUCAGCAAUCACAAGAUAUUUACGGAUCGCAGGAUAUGUAUAAUCAAGAUGAUUCAUCAUAUCAACCACAAGAUGAUUCGUAUCAACAACCACAAGAUGAUUCGUAUCAACAACCACAAGAUAUUUACGGUUCGCAGGAUAUGUAUAAUCAAGAUGAUUCGUCAUACCAACCACAAGAUGACUCGUAUCAACAAUCACAAGAUAUUUACGGGUCGCAGGAUAUGUAUCAACCAGAGGAUAAUUCAUAUCAAGAACAGCCUUUUGAAUAUAAUCAGCAAGAGAAUCCUGAUCAGUCAGGAUUUUUCCCAGAUCUAAAAGACAAUCCUGUUUCUGGAUUCUUCCCAAAUACAAAUAACAAUGAAUCUAGUUCUGUUGGCGGUAUUUUAAAUCAAGUUAAAAAUCCUGUAUCGAAAAUGAAAUUUUUUAAAUAA